AUGGUUCCUCUCCGAGCCUCCUACGUCCUGCUGGUUCCACUGCUUGUGCUCCUCAACGUACAUCAGAAAUGGUUUGACUGGCAAUGGUCUUCUGUGAAGAAGCAGGCGAUCGAGGAGUUCUCCGGGCUCCAGGAGAAGCUGGGAGAAGCUCAGAAGAGGCUGAACCCCUACAAGUCCGCCCGACAGGACUACGAGAAGCGCGCGCAGUCGAAGAAGCUGCUGGAGGAGCUCAGCAGCAAGCUGGCCAGUGCAGAGAUCGAAGUGGAGAAGGCCGCGAUGAUGACGGCUCCACUUGGUGGAGACAACCCGGAAGGCGUCAAGGAGACGGAGGCGGCCCUGGCGACUGCUCAGUCGCUGCUGGCGCAGACGAACCGGCAGGUAGACUCCAAGCUGCGCCUGGCGGAGAAGUCGAACGAAGUGCUGGUUUCCGAGCUCCAGGGGAUGCAGGAGCGGGGCAAACUGGCCCAGGAGAAGCUGGAUGAAGUUCGGCGAAGCCUCAAAGAGACGCAGGUCCGCAUGGCCGCUGACGCCCUGAUGAAGGAGGUCUCGGACAAGGUCGCCUUCGCAGAGGACGAGCUCCAGAAGAUGGCAGAAGCGGAGCUGCCCUUCCUCCGCAGCGACAAGGACCAGGAUCUGGAUGCGCUGUUCUUGGAGGCAGACAAGGUGGCGGUCCAGGUCCACUCGGCGCUGGCGGAGGCGCAGAGCUUCGUGGCCCGCAAGCUCGUCGAGGUGGCGAAGUUCUCCGACGCACCAGGGCAAACUGUCAGGGAGGAGGUGGACAUGCUGCAGAAGCGCCUGGAGGAGGGCCGGGACCGUCUCCAGCAGUUCAGGGCGAGCAUUGCAGACCGGAAGCGGUCCCACUUGCUGGAGGAGGUGGAGGUGAAGGUCGUGAAAGCGGAGGAGGAGGUCAAGAAGAUGACCGAGGUCACUGCGCAGCUCCCAGGCCCCGGGUGA